UAACCCUCCUCAAAAGAAGUUCACCGUUAAACAGAAAUCCCUAUUUCUGCAAACCCUAAUCUCAGAUCCCCAGUAAGUGAGACUCCAUUUACCUUUAUCCAAUCGCCAUGGAUUCUGCAACUCGAAGAAGAAGUCAAGGAGGCCUCUUCGAAGGUCUCUACAGAGUCAUCAUGCGACGUAACUCUGUAUAUGUCACCUUUGUCAUCGCCGGCGCUUUUCUCGGAGAACGCGCUGUGGAUUAUGGAGUUCAUAGGCUCUGGGAAUACAACAAUGUUGGGAAACGAUAUGAAGACAUUCCAGUGCUAGGACAGCGACAAUCAGAGGAAUGAAAUCAUUAUGCCCUUUCUGGAUGUUUUGAAUAAGUCAUUGAGGAUUGGGCCAGAGCAUAUAUCUAAUUAGGUAGCUAUGCUCAUUGUUGCAAUAAACUGUUAAUUGUUUUUGGUUCUUGACCAUAAGUUGGUUGAAUUUAUCAUUUAAGAUUUUUGAUUAUUCUGAUUUGUGGAUGGAUAUAAUGUAUGCUGGUCUGCAGCGCAUCAAAAUGACUGAACCCACUUUGUCGCCAUAGUUGCAUUUGCUUCAAAGGAUUAGGUUCUGUAAGUUUGUGCUUUGAUUGCCUUUAGAUCAAUGUUUACAAUAAGAGGGGUAAAAACUCGUCUCUGGUCA